GCUUUCGUCUAUGCCAAACCACACAAGACUCGAGUCCACCUUACUCCUCCCUCUCUUUUCUCUCUUCUCAUUUCCACGCUCGUCAAAUUUGAGCUCGUAAAUCACUACACUUCCGUCCGAUGGUGACGGCGAAGAAGCCGCCGCCGCCGAUCACGGCGCGCCACGUCAUCAGGAGAAGCUGGAAGCUUCUGAUCGUGUUCUCCGUCGCGCUCUGCCUUUUGGCUCUGUACAGGCUUCACUCCCAGCCGGACCUGUACUCUCCUUCUUCCUCAUUAUCUCGCGCGAGAUCUCGCAUCGCUCGCCACAGCGUCGGCUUCGCCGGCCCGGCCAAGAUCGCCUUCCUCUUCCUCGCGCGCCGUGACCUCCCGCUCGAUUUCCUCUGGGAGAGCUUCUUCGAGAAUGCCGGUGGCGCUUUGAAUUUUUCGAUUUAUAUUCACUCCGCGCCUGGUUUUGUGUUCGAUGAGUCCACCACGAGGUCGCGCUUCUUUCACGGCCGUCAAUUGCCGAAUAGCAUUCAGGUGGGAUGGGGGGAAUCGAGCAUGAUUGAAGCGGAGAGGUUGUUGUUUGCGACAGCUCUUGAGGAUCCAGCGAAUCAAAGAUUCGUUCUCCUCUCUGACAGUUGUGUUCCUUUGUACAACUUCAGCUUCAUAUACAAUUACCUGAUGGCUUCUCCUGGGAGCAUUGUGGACAGCUUCCUGGAUGUGAAGGAGGGCCGCUACAACCCAAAAAUGUCACCCAUAAUACCGAAAAAGAAAUGGCGGAAAGGAUCACAGUGGAUUGCUUUGAUUCGGAGACACGCUGAAGUCCUUGUGGAUGACGAAGUUAUACUUCCAGUAUUCAAGAAAUUUUGCAGGCGUCGCCCACCUGUUGAUAUCAGGAAGGGGAAGCUGAAUCUUAAACUUCAAAAACAGCACAAUUGUAUCCCAGACGAACACUAUGUGCAGACACUGCUUGCGAUGAGUGAGCUUGAUGGCGAACUUGAGCGAAGGACAUUAACUUAUACAUUGUGGAACAACUCUCCAAAUAAAACAGAAAGUAAAGGCUGGCAUCCUAUGACUUUCAACCAUGCGAGUGCAGCCCCUCAAAAGAUAAGGGAAAUAAAGGAGAUCAACCAUGUAUACUAUGAGACAGAAUACCGAACAGAAUGGUGUCGUAUAAAUUCUACUGCUGUUCCCUGUUUUCUAUUCGCGAGGAAGUUCUCCAAGGGUGCUGCCAUGCGCCUUCUCAGUGAGGGAGUUGUUGGUCACUUUGACACAGCUGCAUUGUUAAAACCAUCACCAUGAUCUAAUUCUUAACUUCGUGGCGGUCACUAACUGUUAGCUCAUUGGGACUAUAAGAUGGGCAUAUAAAAAAGCCCACUAGAGUUUACAGAAACCAUACAUACUCAUACAACAGAUUUUGAUACGGAAUAUGAUAGGGAGGUUGUCGUGCUGCUGAUCAACAUGUGCAAAGAUGAUGAGUUGUCACUUGCCAGAGACAAGAUGGGGAAAUGUUUCAGGGGUCUCAAUGGCUUUCUGCCUGUGGCAUUUAGACAUGUCGAACAAGUACAAUGGUCAGGCCUCCAACUAAGAUCUUAUGGAAUAUUAGCUUUAUGCUUGCUGCAUUCUAUACACGUUCAAAUAGUAAAAUCAUGGUCAUCUUGUCUUCUCUCGGCCAUUUGUUGUACAACUUGUACAUGAGUUGUAGAAGGAUCAAAGAUGAGAUGGUUUCAAGUCUUGUAGAUGAUAGAUUGCUUUGAUUUUUCUGUGUAGAAUGCUGCCAUAUUGAAUAACUAGUAACUUCACUUGUUUCUGA